AGUAAAAAAAGACUAAAAUAAUGGUCUACCCAAUUAACGUGAAUUUCGACAGUAAAUUCGCCACAUAAAACGUGAAAACCACACAAAAGUUCGCGCAAAAACGCCUUUUACGCGAAAAAGUGCGCCUUCAUCCCCGAAAAAAAGCGGAAAUUGAUGAGAAUUUGGUGUAGUAAUGAGACCAUAUUUUUUUUUCGUUCCCGUAGUCGUUCGUCUCCUCUUAUAACAACGCGAUAUUUUUAAUGACAACGGGCAUCGUACUGUAAAUUGUGUGCAUUUAUAGCAAUAAGAUACGUGUGUGUAUUUUUUUGUGCAAAAAAAAAAAAAUUUUUUUUUCAACUUGACACAAAAAUCUCUGCGAAAGUUGUGAAAACACGGGAAAAGUGUGCGGAAACGAAGGACGGUCCUUGAAAAGAAGGCGAGAUACAACCGGAACAGCAGGCAAUCCAAUUGGAAUUCGAGGAGAUUUACAAAUUUCAGCCAAAAAUCCAUGAAAACCGAGCUGAAAUCAAAGAAAAAAGAGUGAAAAGUCAAAUUCAAAGCAGAUAAAAAGCAAAAGAUAACAAUUACCAAUUGGAAAAGUGUUCGUUAGCGCGAUCGCGAUUGUCUGGCGAGUGUGUCUGGCGGUAGUAGAGCGCCAUAAUACGGACUAGACGUGUUUUGCUUAUGACGUCAUGUGGAUUUUUGGGAGGAUAGUAACCGGAUGUCGCCCGCAAAACAGUCUCCCAGUGCAAAUUUCGUAUCUGAGGCUCAUGACGGCAAAUAUGGAGUAACGGGCCGAGAGUAGUACGAAGCUCGUAGGACAGUUCAGUCUUACAAGUGAAAUGACAUGAAUAUCGUCUCGAUUUAAAAAUACACAAUAUAUAUAUAAAAAAAAAUAUUUUCAAAAAAAAAAAAAAUUCUCGAGCGAAAAAACACAAGAGAGAAAAGAAAAAAGACAGUUCUUCCAAAUAAUGACUUUAAAGUGAAUUAAAUUUUUUUCAAUUAAUUUUUUUCGUUCGAAAUUUAGUAUUAAUUUAGCGAAAUUAUUAUUUUAAAAAAUUUUAAAAUAAAAAAAAUAUUGAUUCAGUUUUCGGGUUUAUAAAUAUUUUACACUACCGCGACGACGAUCACCUUAGACAAGCAGCGAGGAAAAAAAUAUAAGAAAUUCUACGAACGAGAGACAAAAAAUAGAAAGAAAAUUGUUGUAAAAAUAAUAAAAAUAAGUUUUUUUUUUGCUGCCUUUACAUUUGUGUUGGUGACACCAUCGCCGCUGCUGCUGCUGUUGCCGCCGCCGCCGACGAAGCAGAUUAAAAUGGCGAAGUUUUUAACUUUUUUCAUGUAAAAAAGCACAUCAUGUGAAAAAUAUACACACAAUUGUCAUCAGCAUGUCUCUUCGUCGUCUUCUUCUACAUUAAAAAAAAAAAAAAUCUACAUUGACAGAAAAAAAAUCGUAAAAAAUUUACACAACAACACAUUGAUAGUGAGUGAAUGAAAUAUUGAACUUUGAAUUUUUAAUAAAAAAAAAAUAAAUAAAUAAAAAUUAAUUAAAUAAAAAAAUAUCAACGGGACAAAAAAAUAAUUAAAAACUAAGAAAAAAAAGUGCGAGACAAGAAAAAAAAAUUGCGAGUGACUGAAAAGUAUUUAUAAAUAUUUUGUAUAAAAUACAAUUACGAUUGGAAAAAGGAAGAAAAAGUAAAAUAAAAUUAGUCUAAUUUAAUUAUAAAUAUAAUAUAACCGCGAAAACAUCAUCGAGAAAAACACAUACACGCAACGUACGAGUAAAAAUAAAGAGAAAAAAAAAUAAAAAGUACUCGUCUCGUCAGCAAAGCACCCAGUCAACCGUUCAAAGAAUCUUCAUACGGAAUCGUGUGUGUACUUUGUACAUAUUAUUACAAUAUUUUUUUUUUAUUUCGCGUUCACUAAAAUAAUAUAACAACAACAACAACAACGAGCACAUCAACAACAGACGUGUUGUAAAAAAUUAAAAAAAUAUCAGAGAAUUUUAUUAAAAGCAUUUGUUUGGAUCGCAGCUGUUAUCGCCAUAUCGAUACUUGGACUAGUCGUUGGCGUGCUACUUGGCGGACCGAUUUGCCUCUCCGGAACGAGUUCAACGCAAAACACGUCGUCGUCGUCGAGCAAUAACAACAACAACAACAACGCAGCGACAGGAAACGGAGCAACGCAACAAACGACAAAUUCCGCGGCGGAACACAAGGACGAGUCGGCGAGAGCAUUUGAAUUAAUACGUAGCGAGAAAUACGAAAAAUUUGACAUACAUAAGCAGCAAGAGCAGGUGUCUGGUUCACAGGAUAAGCGAAAUUCAACCUGUAAACCGGACCAUAACGUACCCAUGCUUUCGGUGCAAUCACCCGGCUGUGCGGGCAUGGAAUGGUUAGGCGUUCCGUCCCGCACUACUAUCGCCACGUCGACAACGAGGGACGAAAGAUCUCGAAGACGUCGCGAUAACAAUGAGACAUCUUCCUCGUCCUCAUCAUCGUCAUCUUCCUCAAUAACCACAAAAGCAAAUCAGUAUAAUCAUUAUCCGUACUCCAACACGAGCAGCAACUCCAGCAGCGUCGGAGGCAUGACACCCCAAAUCUGCCCGAAUAGCAAUAGCAACACAAAAUCAUCCAGCAUAGCCAAUCAAUAUCCGCACCAUGUUCAGUUACCAGACGGCGAGUAUGGUGACGAUCGUCAUUUGCAGAUACGAACCCCAAGUCAACAAUCCGAGAUCUUGAGAACGUACCCGCGCGUACCACCAAAUCGAACAGUACAGAAUGUGCCAGACCAAUUGAAUUAUAGGCGACCGAAUUCAAAGUCAACCGCGAAUAUUCACGAGAAUUUUGGCAGCGGCAAAAGCCUUGUUUCGUCCUCCAACUCGACGCCCGUUAGUAAAAAUGAGAAAAAGUACUGCUCCUCCAAUAGCAAAUUUUUUGGGAUCUUCAGCUUCAACAGGGGCAGUGCGAGCAAGACAACGGAUUUGAGCAGUAUAGGUCCCGCCGUGUCACUUUCCGCGUCGUCGUCGUCGUCGCAACGGAAUAUCAACAACAACAACCACAGCAGCAACAAUAACAAUACCGCCGCGUCGUCAGAGGGCGCCACGAGUAGUCAUUUACUUAAUUUAACGCCGUUGCCAGUGCCAGUAGUUAGAAAUCAUCCAUCAAGUGAUCACCUUACUGUUAAUAAUUACACGUCGUCGUCGUCGAUGUCGAGUCCAAAUCAUCACAGUAACAAGCCAAUUUCGUGUCCCGCAAGUCCCUCGUCGCCCAGUCAACAGCAAGCAGCGAACGAGGAUGACGACGCACGCAAACGAGAACAACGACUGACACCAACAUCCUCCGAUAAAAUCCUUAGCUCAAGUCUAGAAUCACCUAAAAGCUCCAAGUACAUGUGACAAUAUGUAAAUAAUCCAUAAUUUUAUUACUACUAUUUAAUUUAAAAAUAAAAAGAUAUAAAAUAUUAAAAAAAAAUAAAUCACUUCGAAAAAAUAAAAAAAAAAUUAAAUACAAGACACGCAAAAAAAAUAAAAAAUAGAAUUUAAAUAGGCUGUUAGAAAAUUUAAAAAAAAACUGCUGGUUCCAGAAAGUAAAAAAAAAUGUUAAAUUUUCUAAAAAUCGUCUAAAUUUUUUUCUUUUAUUUUUUAAUUAAUUUUCGGGGGCAAUUUUUGCGGAAUCUCAACAACAGCCCCCCAUAAACCGGAGAAAAAACACAAAAAAAAAUAUUUAAAAUAAAUAUGAUUAAUAUGCAUAUUAAGAGACUGAUAUAUUAACUAUAUUAUAUUAUUAUAAAUAUUUAUAGUGACACGCGCGAAAAACAGCAAAAAAAUUCAUUUCAAGAAAAAUAAAUAAUAAUAAACAUUAAAAAAAAAUAGAGAAAACAGAAUUACUUGUAUUAUCUUAAAAAAGCAAAAAAAAAAUAAAAUAGAAAAGUUUCAAACAAAAAGUCACACAAUUCGAGACUAUACCUUAAUAAAAAAAAUAAAAUAAUAAUAACACGAGGCCAGUAACUUUGUACAUAGGACACGAGAAAAUUUACAUUUAAAUAGCUUCUUCAAACACACUUUUUGCGAAAAAACAAUAGAAAAAAAUUAAAACUCGAGAACAAACACAGGUAGAUCCUUUUCCAUCACAUUUUUUGUUUUAAACUUUUUAAUGUUGCGAAAAAGACAUUUUUUUGUUUGUCCUACAUUUUCAAAAAUAAACAUUUAAAAAUAAUUACAAGUAUUAUGUCUUCUUCUUGCGAGAUGUAAAAAAAUAAAUAAUGGCAGAUAAAAUUUGUACACAGUUCUUAAUGCAUUUCCAAGUAUAUCUUGAGAUCGAAAACAAAAAAAAAAUAUUUAAAAAAAAAAUCGAACGUCUCAAGAAAAUAUAAAAUGUAUUAUAAAACAAAAAAAAAUCGU